GAUGUAUAUCAACACCAUCGGCCAUUCUUCUUUUUUUCUCGGACCUGAAGAACAGAUUCACCAUCUCUAUCUCCAUCACUCUUCUUCUUCACCAUCAUCUCUGUCUCAAUCAGAUUCACCACCACCAAUUACCAACAACAAGUCUACAACAGGUUACAACGGUGAACAGAUUGAUGAGAAGAUGGUGGUGCUACUGCAGAAAUUCAACAAGAGAUACAAAUGGUUGUGGUAGAAAUUGAUAUAUGCUGUUGAAGGGGUAUUCGAAGUCAAGGUUGAGAAGAUCUGUUGCUGAUAAGAAACCAAAAUUUUGAUGUGUUAGAACUUAGAAGAUUGGGUUGGAACUUUGAAGACGCAGAAGUAAGGGUUAUGUGAGUGUUUGAAGAUUUUUGGUAUUCUUAUGUGAAGGGAUUGAAGACACGGGUGUAAAAAUUCGAAAUUAGGGUUUCGUGAUUGGGGAUUUUGUGUGCUUAAUUUCUCUGUUAAGUUCUUCUAGGAGAUUAGUGGAAGGGGUUAGAAAUUUUUCUGUGAGAUUGCAAAGAAAUCUUGGUCUGCGUUGAUAGAGUUACAGAGAAAUUUUGGUCUUCGUUGAUAGAGUUACAGAGACAGAAGAAGAUAUUAUGUAUGUGAAUCAAAAUCAUAGGUAAAAACCCGGUCCCAAACUGGAACCGAACCUGUCUUACAGGUACAGGUACUCAUAAUAAAGAACAUGUGAACAUAAGGUACCUGGUUCCUAGGAAACCCGGACUGUACCGGCCCAUGUGCAGCUCCCUAACAAUCGUGCAUACAUCGAAUGACUACACACAUGGAGAAGUAGUUCCUUGUUGUUUGACAAGCUGUUAAAGAAGAGUAUCAGCAACAAUCGUUUGAUUUCUUUCUUCUCUCUCUUUGACUGUUAGAAUUAUCAUCAAGUCUUAGGGCCACCGCAUUGGUUUCUUCUUCUUCUUUCUCAUUAUUCUCUCUUCAAUCCAAAACUCAAAGUCAGAAAAAUUCAUACCUAGAUAUAUAAAAUUGACAUCGGAAUGAAUUGGAAAACCUGUUAGAUCACAAUUUUGAUGGGAGAAUUCUUUCAGAAUAAGAAGAAAAAACAAUGAAAGGCGUCUUCUCGGCGCCUGGGGAUUAUAUUCAUUUCAAAUCUCAAGUUCCACUUCACAAGAUCUCUAUUGGGUCAAGACAAUGGAGGUAUUAUGAGUUUGGUCCAAAAGUGGUGCCUCCACUUAUCUGUCUUCCUGGGACACCGGGAACUGCUGAUGUCUACUAUAAACAAAUUAUGUCAUUGUCAAAUAAGGGUUAUCGAGUAAUAUCUGUUGAUAUACCACGUGUGUGGAAUCAUCAUGAAUGGAUUCAAGCAUUCGAAAAGUUUCUAGAUGCUAUCGAUGUUCACCAUGUGCAUCUGUAUGGGACAUCCCUUGGUGGCUUUCUAGCACAACUCUUUGCUCAGCAUCGUCCAAGACGUGUUCGAUCGUUAAUACUCUCAAAUACUUUUCUUGAUACACAAAGUUUCUCAGCUUCUAUGCCAUGGGCACCCGUUGUCUCUUGGACACCCUCCUUUUUGCUGAAGCGAUACGUUCUAAUAGGAAUUCGUGAUGGUCCACAUGAACCAUUCAUUGCAGACUCGGUGGAUUUUGUUGUAUCCCAGGUUGAGACUCUCUCCCGUGAGGAUCUUGCUUCAAGGUUAACUUUGACAUCUGGCGCUGCUUCUAUCGGACCUCUCUUACUUUCAGAUUCAUUUAUCACAAUAAUGGAUACAAAUGAUUAUUGUGCCAUUCCUCGAGAAUUGAAAGAUCAAGUAAGUGAGAAGUAUCCUGGAGCAAGGCGAGCAUCCCUAAAAUCAGGUGGCGAUUUUCCAUUUCUUUCGCGUCCGGAUGAAGUUAACCUACAUCUUCAGCUGCAUUUGAGACGGGUUGGAGUUGAAGCAAAGCCGGAUAUAGGCUUGCAAAACCGCAGGGACAGUAGUGGUGGAGGUUCAAGUGAUAAGAAUAAGGAAAAAGAAGAUUCCGACGAGCCUCCGAAGGAUAACUCUAAAGGAUCACCAUCUAGGGAUGCCAAGAAUAAGGAAAAAGAAGGUGCCUAUAAUGACCCCUCGAAUGAUAAUAGUGGUGAAAGCAGUUCAAAUCCCACCUCUAAAGAUCCUAUACAUAUUGCAGCUUCAGACUACAACGGCGGCAAUGAUGGCUCCAAAAAAGUUAAUGAAGUGAUACCUAGAGAUACUGCAUCUGUCUUACGUGGGCAAUUGAAACCUAUGCUUUUGGAUAUUAGAGUGGUCAUGGAAAUUCAAUUGAUAUCAGCUACUCAGGCUGUUGAACUUACUCAGUCAUAUUCAGUUCUUUACUUACUGCUAUCUUUGUAUUUAGGAAAUUUGUACAAUACUCGGUGUCAUAGCUUGAAUUGUAGACAGAAUGUGUAGUAUGUUCCUGCUUUAAUGUGGUUUGUAAACAAGUUGACAGUGUGUCUUUUGCUUUUUUACUCUCCCAUAGGAUUGCUGCAAAUUGUGAGCUGAUUGUGGUGAGAACAUAACAGAAAUGUACUUUUAAAUGUUUCAACUGUAGAUAACAGAGUUUCCUCUCUAUCUACCUCCUUUGUGAAUGAAUAAAUCUUUGCAGAA